CCUUUUGAUUCCUUGACAGUUUCAGUGGUAUAUAAACCUCACAAAAACUGUAGUUGAAAUUACCAGUCAACCGACUUGUUCUUCAGCAGCUUCGCAUUCAUUUAGCGAGUCGACAUGAAUUCCUUUGUCGCAAUCUUAUUGCUUGCCUGCACUGUCUACGGAAGUCCCAUUCUUGAGACACCCGAAGUCGCCGCUGCUCGUGCUGCCCAUAAUGCUGCUCACGCCCAAGCCCGCGCCCUGAACGCUCUGCCUCCCGCAGCAAGCCCCGUUUAUCUGGAACAGGCCGUCCAAGACACCCCGGACGUCUGGGCUGCCAAAGCUGAGCACUACAGGGCUUAUGCUACCGCAGCUGCAGCCAAUGGAGUAGUCGCCUCUUUGCCAUCUCUUCAGCCUUACUAUUUGCAACCGAUUCCUGACACUCCCGAAGUCUGGGCCGCCAAGCAGGAGCAUUUCCGCGCUCACGCUGCUGCCCGUCGCGGAUAUUAAAUUUUGAUUCACGAUAUAUCCAUUGGGUAAACAAAUUACGUCGCAGGCAAGACAUUUCAAUGUACACAUUUGGAGGGGAUACGGAAAUAAACUUUAGUUUCUUAAAAAAA